AUGCUGGGCCCAACUACCCGGCGCUCCGCCGUCACGCCCGCCAAAUGCCUGGCCGCCGCCCGCAAUGUCACCGUCCGGAGAACGCCGGGCGCAUCCUGGAUCGCAUCCAAGGACUUUCACUCCAGUCCGGCCAAGGCGGCCUUCCGACCAACGUGGAUGCCCAUGCGCGUGAAAACCCCCUGGAUCGAGGCCCUGACGAAGAGUCGCGAGAAUGCCCAGUCCGGCCAGGCCUCGUCCACGCCGCUCGCCAAGCCGGAUUUGACGCCCAAGAAAAUGUCCGAUAGCUUCUACAGCGCGAUUCUGCCAUUGGCCCAGGACAAAUGGCUGCUGGAUAGCUACCUCAAUGCCUCCGGGCAUAUCAGACUAGGGUCGUUGUUGAUGGAUCUGGAUGCUCUGGCCGGCGUCAUCGCCUACAGGCACACCGGCGACUCGGUGACGACCGUGACCGCCGCCGUGGACCGCAUCACCAUCGAGCAUCCUCUGAUGGAGAUCUGCGAUCUCGAACUGAGCGGCCAGGUCACCUAUGCGACGGGCCGGUCGAGUAUGGAGGUCUCGCUGCAGGUGGCCAAGGUGCCUGCGCAGGGCCAGCAAGCGAAGCCAGAGGACGUGCUCAUCACUUGCGCCUUCACGAUGGUAUCACUUGACCCGGCAACUAAGACCCCCGUAUCCGUUGCUCCGCUUGUGAUUGAAAGCGCCGAGGAGCGCCUUCUCUUCAAGCAGGGCGAGGAGAACUACCAGGCCAAGAAAUCCCUGCGAACAAAGAGCUUGCUCCAGAAGGCCCCCGGAGACGAGGAGAGCGACCUCAUCCACUCCAUGUGGACCAAGGAGAUGUCAUAUUUGAACCCCGAAUCCCCCGCCCAAAGGCCCUCCAACAUGAUCUUCAUGAGCGACAGCGUCUUGAAAUCCGCCAUGAUCAUGCAGCCGCAGGACCGCAACCGCCACAACUUCAUGAUCUUCGGCGGCUUCCUGCUCAAACAGACCUUCGAGCUGGCCUUCUGCUGCGCCGCCUCCUUCUCCCACGCCCGUCCCAACUUCAUCUCGCUCGACCCCAGCACCUUCGAGAACCCCGUCCCCGUCGGCAGCGUGCUGUACCUGCGCGCCACCAUCGCCUACACGGAACCCCUCGAGCGCGACGGCAGCAAGUUCACCAAGGUGCAGGUGCGCGUGGACUCGAAGGUGCGCGACGUCGAGCACGGCACGAAGAAGUCGACCGGUCAGUUCAACUACACUUUCCUGGUGGAGAAGGACAUCCAAGUCAUGCCCAAGAGCUACGGCGAGUUCAUGCUUUGGACGGACGCCCGUCGACGUGCGCAGAACGCCGCAGCGAUGACGCACGGAUCCAAAGAACCGAGCGCUCUUCGGAGCAUCAAGGACAGCGUGACGGAGUAA